AUGAAGCAGUUCAAACCUUUUCUGAUAGGUCGCCACUUCAUCAUCCGUUCGGACAAUAAGGCCUUACAGUGGCUGCAGAAUAUUAAGGACGCCGAAGGUCAGCUUGCGCGAUGGCAAGAGAUACUGCAACAGCUCGAUUUUAGUUUUCAGUUCCGUACGGGAAAGAAACACGCCAACGCGGAUGCUAUGUCUCGCCACCCCGCCGACGUAGGUAUCGAUCUGCCAGCUGAGGAUUUCCAUUUCAUAUCCGCUCUUACCAUCAGUGAGCCGACCCGCCAUCAUUGGGCUAUCGCUCAAAGCACGGAUCCCGAUACAGCCAUAGUUUAUGAUCACCAGCUCAACGGGAGACAUCGCCCGACCGACGCCGAACUGCGUGGUUCAUCUGAUUCUGCGCGCAUCAUCCGCAGUCAUUGGGCCCACCUACUCAUGGAAAAUGACCUACUUUUCUUCAAGGACGACGCACAGAGUCAACCUCGAUUGGUUGUCCCCGGCGGCCUAGUCCGGCCUAUUCUGGAUGAUCUGCACCGCGAACUCGGCCAUGUAGGUCAUGUGAAAACAGAGGCGGCAGUGAGGCAACGGUUCUGGUGGCCACGCCUCAGAGAACAAGUCUCUAUUUUUUGUAACACCUGCCCCACGUGUGCCACCUUUAAAGGACCCAAGCCCCGACGCCGUGCCCCCCUCCAACCUAUGGUGACAGGGUUUCCAUUUGAACGCGUGGGCAUCGACGUGAUAGGACCCCUACCUAUCACCUUGACAGGCAACCGCUAUAUUUUAGUUAUGGUCGACUACUUCACUAAGUGGGCAGAGGCAGUCGCCCUUCCACGACAGGACGCAGCAUCAGUCACGACCGCUCUCCUCACCACUUGGAUUUGCCGCUUCGGAGCCCCCAUCUCCUUACAUUCUGAUUGCGGAGCGAACUUCGAGAGCCGGCUAGUGCGCGAUGUCUGCAACCUACUCCAAAUCCAUAAAACACGCACUACACCGGCUCACCCCGAAGGGAACUGCCAGGUGGAACGAACGAACCGGACCAUUGUUAACCUGUUGAAAGCUUUCGCGGAAGACCACAACCCCCACAACUGGGAUGUUCGGCUGCCAUACGCCAUGAUGGCUUAUAGAUGCGCGGUCCACACCUCGACUGGCUACGCCCCCUGCUUCAUGCUAACCGGACGUCAUUUCCGGUUACCGUCGGACUCUCAGCUUCCACUCCCAACCUGCGACGACUAUCAGCCAGAUGCUUAUGUCCUAGAGCUGCAGGAAACCUUGAGGACUACGCACAACCUAGCGCGAACUCACCUAGAGUCGGCAUAUACGCGACAGAAGGCCUACUUUGACCAGCACGUCAGCGGCGCGCCAUACGCCCCAGGCGACCUGGUACUACGCUACCGUCCUACUCCACCGGUGGGGACAUCGUCAAAGUUCUUCCAUCCGUGGGAAGGCCCCUUUGCCGUCACUGACUUCUUUCCCCCAUCUACUUACACAAUACGUGACGCGCAGUCGACCGGAGGCCCUGUCCUUACUGUCCACUAUGAUAAACUCAAGCCUUAUAGGGGCCGGCUACCCAAUGCGACCGCCGAUUCCCUACCCAUCCUUCCCCCUCACUUAGUCCCUCAACCCUCCGAUGAGGUGGAAAUCGCCAGCAGUCCCUCCCAGGCAGCGCCUCUGAGGACAGAGGCGCCUCUUGAGAGGGGGGGCGUGUAG